UUUCUCAGGUCAUCUCGUCAUGGUCAUAGAUACCGCAGAGCAUUUGAUACCGCGACGCGAAUAAAGCAGCCACUUUUGCGGAGUCGGACAGAAGCACAGCACAAUUCUCAACAGAGCAUUCACAGGCUGACGUAUUCCGUGAGCACCGACUGAAAUGAUCAUAUGAAUGGGAUCUUGGACAUUUCCUGUCCGGUUUCCUGUCCAUGUAUUCAUUGCAAGCUCGCGCGGUCUGUACAGAGACAUUCGCAAUCCCUGUUCAAUCAAUAUUUGACCUACAGCACGGUAGACCAAAAGCUUCGGAAAGUUUUCACUCACUGCCUUCAUCUGUCCAUCCACGACGGCUGGAUGAACCCAUUCAACUAACAAUGUCUGUAGUGUGUCCACUGCUACGAAUACUUCAUCAAAGGCCGUCACUUACAGUCAACGGCAAUUUUCCCAGCGCAGUGAGGAGAAGGUUACGAACGAUCCCGACAUUUCGGGCGAUUGAGCCACGCUUCGGAAACCUUAUGACUCUCCAACCAUCCCCACACAUACAAAGGCAAAGGACCUCUACUCCUCGCUCAAAUGAUGGACAUCUCGCCCUAACAGUUCAUCAACAUGUUCGCUGGAAGUCGAUGAGCACGUCGCAUGCACCAUUCCGCAUCACGACCUCGUGCGCUCACAACCGAGGCUAUCACGGGAUCCCACCAACCACGCACGCUCUUGGGCAUCAAGCCCCUGAGAACAAGGUCCGAUUAUCUGAUUUACACUCAAUCAUUUGCACAUAGGCCAAAGCGUUAUUCUUUUCCCAUUCCACUUUCACCAUCUCCUCGCCGCCUCCAUCUACAUCGGUCGAAUACUUAUACUUCGUGACUUUCAUAUCACCACAACCGCGCCACCUUCGUCUUCGCCAUUCCCAAUACCGUUAAUGGUUUACGUUCUCGCCGAUCGUUACUUCCCC